AUGGGGUCGAUUGGGCCUCGAGUGCGCUUCGACGCGGCGGCGGCUGGGAGCCCGUCGACCAUGCGGCAUGUUCGAACCGGACGAAGGUCAUUGAGGGAGCUACAUCGUGGGCGAAGAUCGGAGGAUCCCAACAAGCAUGAUGCGGGGCGGCGCAUCAAGGCUGUGGCGGGUCGGAUUUUGGCGGGGGGACAUGAUGGGCGGGAUAUUCCGCUGACGGUGAGGCGGGCGAAGAGCGGGGGCUGGUGUGAUGUGAAGUGUGGCGAGACGGAGAAGAAAAAGAAAAAGUCAGGAAGCGGGAUUGCCCUUCAUCGGAAUGACUCCAAGUCGGACUGGGAGAGGGUGGAGGAGAUGUGCAAGCUCGCUAGCGAAUGCUCCGGAUCGUCGGGGUCUGCAUCAUUCCGUUCUGUUUGGCAUUCGCUGAUUGCCAUUGAAAACGAGAUCUAG